AUGGACGGCACAGGCCUAAAUGGCCACCGUACAGGCCAAGUCACUGUUGCGAUCGACCCAGUCGCGCUGGUGGUGACAGAAUGCAUUACGGUAACGAGCGCUAUGCGCAAACACACGAGAUGGGCCCAUUCCUCGAUAUCUUCGAUUCUGGGCGGACCGACAGGGACUCGACCGCCUCCUUCCGACAGCCGAGCGUCAAACCACGAGAGGAACCGAGCUAGCAGCAAGCUUGAUCUAAUCGAAGACGAUGGUGUCCUGACUUCGAGGUGGGGUUUACGAGGCAAAAAAGGCCAGAGCAUGCAGGACAAUCCGCUUAUGAGUGCCUUCGCAAGGCUACGGGCGGACUUGAAGGGGUGCAAGGACAUUCAGUCCUUCGAUACUCCAAGCUUGCUCAAGCCCUUCCUCCAAGUGAUUCGAAGCUCGAGCACGACAGCGCCUAUCACAAGUCUGGCGUUGAUUGCAAUAACGAAGAUGUUGGCCUACAACAUAGUCAACCUGCAGUGUCCCAACUUUGGCCAUGGCAUGCAGCUGCUAGCUUCUACGGUCACGAAUUGCAGGUUUGAGGGUGACAACAGCCCGAGCGACGAAGUGGUAUUCCUGCGGAUUUUGAAGCUUAUGGAGGACAUGAUCUGUGGCGCAUCUGGCCAGGUUCUUGGCGACGAAAGUGUAUGCAAUAUGAUGACGACUGCUCUCUCCAUUUGCUGUCAUCUGAGAAUGAGCGAAGUGCUGAGACGGAGCGCAGAGGUCAGCAUGGUGACCAUGUGCCAGACCAUCUUCAUGCGACUAAAGGUGCUGGAAGCAGAGCGUGCCGAUCGCGACGGCGAAACAGACACACUUGUGGCACAGGAGGACAUGGAUGCAGCUCGAAUCGAUUCCAACCCGAACGGAGAUCAUGGACCUAACGCCAUGCAACGCGGAAGCACUAGCCUUGAGAUACCAGGCACGAGUGGCGGCGACAGGUCUUCGAUGGAAGUUGCGAGUGCAAGCCAGCUUGAUUUGGCAAAGGUCGACGAGGAAUCGACAAAGGACGUUCGGCCCUAUGGACUACCUUCCAUUCGUGAGCUCUUUCGGGUACUGGCGGAUCUGCUGGAUCCUCAUGAUCGACAAAGGACGGACACACUUCGGGUGAUGGCGUUGAGGAUUGUCAAUGUGGCCUUGGAAGUGGCAGGACCGAGCAUUGCGAACCACCCAAGCUUGGCUUCUCUGGCUAAGGACACGCUUUGCCGGAAUCUGUUUCAAUUGGUGCGCUCGGAGAACAUCGCCAUUCUCCAUGAGUCUUUGCGCGUCGCCGGCACACUGCUUGCGACAUGUCGGAGUGUACUGAAACUUCAGCAAGAGCUAUUCUUGUCGUACAUUGUAGCCUGCCUUCACCCACGUAUACCCAUUCCAGAUGAACCGAAUGUCGAUCCAUUACUCUACCAAGGUGUGCCGCAAGCGCCAGGGCUUGCGCGUCCACAGCCGACACCCGGUACGGGCAGCGGCAGGUCGACACCAGUGCCUGUCCGGGAUCGACAGAGGCUUGGUAUGGAAGGCGGGUCACGAAAGCCCGAUGCCAGAGAAGCGAUGGUGGAGGCUGUGGGAGGGCUAGUCCGCAUACCCAGCUUCAUGGCUGAGCUGUUCGUGAACUACGACUGCGAAAUUGACCGCAGCGAUCUCUGCUCGGACAUGGUCGGCCUGCUAUCACGAAACGCCUUCCCAGACUCUGCUACCUGGAGCACCACUAAUGUACCACCGUUGUGUCUCGACAGCUUGCUGUGCUAUGUGCAGUGGAUGGCCGACCGGCUUGAUGACGAGCCACAGACUUCGGGCAUGCCGGACAGGAAGCGACUCCGGGAACAGCGGAACAAGAAGAAAAUCAUCAUUCGCGGCGCAACGAAGUUCAAUGAGAGUCCUAAGGGUGGCGUAGCGUUUCUCGCUAGCCAAGGCAUCAUCGAAGAUCCGAACGACGCGCGUUCCGUCACCAGCUUUCUGAAGGGUACCACUCGGGUGGACAAGAAGGUUCUUGGCGAGUUCAUUGCGAAGAAGGGCAACGAAGCGAUCCUGGACGCCUUCCUUGACCUCUUCGAUUUUCAAGGACUGCGCGUUGAUGAAGCAUUGCGGCAAAUGCUGAACACCUUCCGGUUGCCUGGUGAGUCUGCCCUGAUCGAGCGCAUCGUCACCGUCUUCAGCGAAAAGUACUGCGCUGCCACCCAGUCAGAAUAUGUUGCGAACACGGAUGCUCUGUUCAUACUUACCUAUGCGAUUAUCAUGUUGAACACGGAUCAGUAUAAUCCAAACCUGAAACAGCAAAACCGGAUGACGGUGCAAGACUUUUCGAAGAAUCUGCGAGGCGUCAAUGACGGGAAGGAUUUCGACCCAGCGUAUCUACAGGAGAUAUAUGAUGCGAUCAAGGCACACGAGAUCGUCCUACCAGAAGAACAUGACAACAAGCAUGCCUUUGAACAUGCGUGGAAGGAAUUACUGGUCAAGACGCAGACUGCCGAAGACCUUGUAAUAUGCGAGACGAACAUUUACGACGCCGACAUGUUUGCGGCGACUUGGCGACCGAUCGUUGCGACUCUAAAUUACGUCUUCGUCUCCGCAACCGAAGACGCCGUCUUCCAGCGCGUGAUUGCUGGCUACAGCCAAUGUGCGCAAAUUGCAGCCAGAUACGGCAUUAGCGUCUGUCUCGACCACAUCAUCCAGAGUCUGGCUAAGAUCUCAACACUAGCGACCGAAGCUCCUCCUGAUACGGGUCUCAACACGGAGAUGCAGGCGAGUGGGAAGAGCAUAAUGGUUAGCAAAUUUGCUGUCGACUUUGGCAGAGACAACAAGGCGGAGUUGGCGACCCUUGUGCUCUUCAGAAUCAUAAACGGUCACGAGGACGCCAUCAGAGACGGCUGGACUCCAAUCGUCCAUAUCCUCGUCAACCUUUUCGUGAAUUCGCUGAUACCCACCUCUUUCACGUCGAUAUCACGCGACCUCGACCUUCCACCUAUUCCUCUCCAGUCUCCUGCGCAAGUCAUUGAGCGCAAUGACAAGUCCAGCGAAACAGGUCUCUUCAGCGCGUUCACAUCGUAUGUGAGCAGCGUUAUGAAUGAUGAGCCUCCGGAACCGAAUGAUCAAGAAAUCGAAGCAACUCUAUGCACUGUGGACUGCAUUAACACCUGCCGCUUCGAAGAGAUUCUUGGCAACGUAUCAGAGUUGCCUGUAGAGUCAUUAAAAUCACUGACCAUGUCGCUACUGUCCCAUCUGCCGGAGAGCGAAUCACCGCCGUUCAUCACUGUCAAGUCUGAGAUGUCUGCUCCAACCCCAGUGCGAGCAAAUGGCAUGAAGGGCGGUCAAAGUGCGGAGCCGCCCGUAUACCGGCCAGCCGUGGUGUAUGUACUCGAACUAGCAACGAUCCUCGCUCUCCGGGACGAGGAGACCAUCGCUGCUCUUGGUGCAGACGUGGCGGACGCUCUGCAAUCUGCGAUUCGCGAUGCCGAACGCUUACAUCCUGUAGCUCUCAGCAGGACGGUGUUCUACCUGCUGGCCUUGCUGAGGGCCAGCAACGAUCAUAAGUAUAUUCGAACUCCCGUCGUGCUGCACGCUAUUUCAUCGUUCAGGCAAGAUACGCUGAAAGCGUGCGCACAGCCAAUACUGAAGGGGAUACAUGGCUGCAUCAGUGGGCCGGCAGAAUUAAGGAACGAGAUGGCAAGCUCGCCGGACUUCUGGGCUAUCAUGCGUGCACUGCAACCGCAGCCCGAAGCUACAGGGCUUGUGUUCCAGAUCGUCGAAGCCAUUGUCGCUGGCCCACACCCAGCCAUUACCGGCGAUAACUAUGAAGCCACUAUUGCUUUACUGAACGCCUUUGCAUGGUCCGGUAGUGUUGGUGCGAAGCUCGAACAACAACGCGACCAACAGCUCAAACGCGGUCAGCAAGCCAGCUUAACGCAGGACAAGAAGCUCAAGAAGAGCGAGGCUGUCACUCGCGGUACGCGAGCUCUAACGCUGGUGUCGCGCCUCGCCGGCUGUGCGCCUGCGUUAAUUGCGCACUCUCAUCUCGAGACGAAUGAGGCUUGGCGGGCUUAUUGGUCGCCGGUGUUCCGCUGUCUGGCGACUCAGUGCACAAACCCAUGUCGCGAGAUACGGCAACAGUCGUUUACCUUUCUGCAGCGCUGUCUGCUCUCGCCUGAGCUUACGUCGCAAGACCACAAUGAGUGGACUAACAUCUUUGGAGAAGUUCUUUUUCCUCUCAUUAACCAGUUACUGAAGCCCGAGAUUUAUCAGACCGACCCGCUGGGGAUGAGCGAGACCCGCGUUCAGGCGGCGCAACUGCUUUGCAAGAUAUUUCUGCAUCACCUCGUGUUGCUCAGCGGAUGGGAAGGUGUACUUGACCUUUGGGUGAAGAUACUGACAAUAAUGGACCGCUUAAUGAAUAGCGGCCAAAGUGACACGCUUGUCGAGGCUAUCCCGGAGUCGCUGAAGAACAUUUUGCUGGUAAUGUCAACUGGAGGGAAUCUUGUCCCGCCUACGAAAGACGGCCCGGACGAACGGUCACAAUUGCAGAAAGAGCUUUGGACGGAAACAUCGUCCCGCCUCGAACGCUUCCUGCCAGGUCUCAUGCCGGAACUGUUCCCAGAAGCUACAAACGAUGCGAAGUCAGUCAACAUAUCCGAACCGACGCCGGCUACUAAAGCCAUCAACGAGACGCAGGAAAAAGGAGUGGACCAGACGGAGGAGAUAUCGCCUCGACCUGCAUCCUCAGCUAUAGCAGAGGCACAGGCUGUGUAA